AACAAAAUUUUUAAUUGUUUCGAAUAGCAUUGUUAUCUUGUGACACUACUAUAUUUAUUUAUUAAAUACUGCUUCAACUUAUCAUGGGUAAAUUAACAUACUGCAUUGCAUUUUAACAAUUAGUUGUGUUUACUUUAUGCCUCACCCAGGUGGUUGAAACUCCACCUGGUUUUUCUUUUGUUGCAGCCCAGUGGGUGCACUGUAUAUAAUAGUACAUUUAUUGGUUUAUGAAAAAGUCUGUCCCGUAAGUAAACAAAGUAAACCUGUAUACAGUAAGAGGAUGGAGUAAUAAAAGCUUUUAUAUUAGACCAGUCUGCUGGUUUGCAGCAUCAGAUCACUGGAGGAGGCAAAGCAUGUUACUUCUUUCUGUGCUGUAAAAGCCAAAAGAAGUGGAAAAAAUUAGAGGAAAAGCAGACAAGAUGUUCCAGACAUCUCUGCAGCUACUGAUUGUCGUGAUACUUUUGUGCCUGUCAUGUGCAGAAGAUGAGUUGGAUCUUUGUGAACCUCAGAAGGCCUUCAGAGGCUCCUGCUACGAGUUUGUGGCAAAGGAACUCUCCUUUUUUGAUGCUCAGUCGUGGUGUGAGGAACACGGAGGACAUCUGACGUUCAUCCCGGAUGAAGACACACAGAUGUUUCUUCAGAAACAAGUGAACUCUGACAUUGACAUAUGGCUGGGCGUAGCAUCAUCAGCUUCUGCAAACAUGCUAUAUCCUGCAGCAACUGAUGGCACACUUUCCUGGCUGGAUGGUUCACACCUCACCUACUCAAACUGGGCAAGCACCCCACAGCCAGGAGCAGUGUGUGGACACGUUUUAAAAAACUCCGGCUUCCAAUGGGAAGUCACAGUUGACUGCAAUAAAAAGCUGAAUUUCAUUUGCCAGUUUGAUGCAGCUCGGUCAAUUGUGUGCACAGGUCAGAACGAAACUCUGCAAUGUGACUCAGCUCAAGUGUUAAAAAUAGACGCGGGAUUCUUGGGACGCAAGAGCAUCCAUUAUUGUCAGCCUUGGUACUCUCCACCAGCAAACCCCUCACAACAGGACUGUGGGUGGGUGGAUGUUGUCGAUUUACUCCAAGAUCAGUGCCAAGGGCAUCAGGUUUGCCAUGUUGAUGAAGUCCUGAGUUCCUUGAGUGAACCCUGCCCUCAGAUGGGAAGUUACCUGAUGGUAGAUUAUCACUGCAAAGAUGCUCUCACCUUGGACAUAAACAACGUGGCAGCUGUUUUUACUGACACCACAAUUAGUAUGAAGUGGCUUUUACAUUUUGCAGAUCCAGCCUGCAGGCUGAGCACGGGAGAUGGACACGUUUUCUCCUGGGAUGGAUCUGACAGCAGUGUGCAGCAUAAAUAUAUGGAUUCAGGCACAUUUGUUGUGUCACUUGAAUGCACCAGGAAAGAUAUCCACCUUGCAGUUGAGAAAAUGAUUUCCAUCCUGGAGCCUGUCACCGACAUCAGCGCCACACGGUGCUAUGUUGGACAUCAGUGGUUUGAUGCAAAUGAUUGUAAAGUCCUGUUUGGAGAAGCACUCAGCAUUCAAACUGAAGCUAAAACAGGUUCAAAUGUGAGCUACAGAAUCCAGUUUGGUGAAAGGAAUCUAACCGUUUCAUCUGUGAUCAGAGGAAAUGUUUCCCACAAUAUCACAAUGACGUCUGACAAUAUCAAGCAACUGGGGCCUGGAUGCCACCUGCUGACAGUUCAUGCAUCCAACAAGGUCACAUUCCCUGAAGCAACCACAGACCUGCAGGUGUGUGUUGUGGAGAAGGUAGCUGGGCUCCAGGCCCACAUGCUGAUGAAAAAAGGCAAGUGUCUGGACGUUGGCGACGUUUCCGUUGGAGUUUCCCUGGAGCAGGGAGCGCCUGUGCUGCUGCUUUUCUCUGUGACUGGAUAUAAUGUCACGUUCUACAAAACCAUAGAAAUGAACACAAAGAAGGGAGUUUUUCACAUUGAACUGCCAAUUCAAGGAAGUGGGCAAGUGAGACUCAGAGCAACAAAUCAUUUCUCCUCUAUGGAAGUGGACGUAAAUACGUCUGGUUCUGGAGACAGUGACACAUCUGUUAAAGCCUUUGGCAGGACUUACAAGACGAGAACCAAGAAGGAAGAAAAACACUUGAGAGUUGUCAGAAACCCAGUGACUAUUGAAGCAGAUCCUUCACCAACUGUGACAAACAAAUUUAAAAGUAUCCAUCUCUCCAUUAGUGAUCCAUCUGCACUUUCAGGUUCACACAAACGACACCUGUGGCGAUGCACGAAUCCUUGUAAGUGUGCAGGAAAUUUCAACAAACUGACACACACCAUCACUGAAGACUGCCUUCCAGAACCAUUUGAAUUUUUUAGGUAUCAUUUUAUUGUGAUAGAAAACAAUGUGGAAACUGAGACAGACUCCAUAUGCAUCACGUUGACUGCACAUAAAUUGGAACAUUGGAUAACACUCACCUGCACCAGCGGCUGUGACCCAGUACAGACAAACAGAGAUGCAACAAUUACAAUGACCUGCUUUCCUGGUUGUCCGACCGUGGUGUGGAGCAUUGAGGAUCCACAAGAUUACACAAACUGGCCUACAGAGACCAGAAGCUGCUACAGAGAGUCUGAGAAAAGGCCACUCACACAGACGCAGCAUGGUGGGACUGAGUACACUGUGAGCCAACACAAGCUCAGCCUGGCCGAGAGUCAGGGUCAAGAUGUCACUGUGGUAGUGACCACUGGGAUAAAUAUGCCAAUGUUCACAACGUACACCAUCAAGACGUCGUCGUCGUCGUCCGUGGUGAGUCCAACUCCCUCCACAGAGGGCGCAGCUGCUACCACUACAGCCGCAGCUGUGGGAUCCACCGACGCUCCGGUCACACCACCUACCAGCACCUCUGCCUCCAUCAGUCCUGACGGUCUCUCAUGUAGCAUCGUGCCCUCACUGGGAUCAGUCCUCCAUCCUUUCGACAUAAGCUGUAGCACCAACGUUCCCUGCUCCGGUUGUCUG